AUGGCGGCCGCCGGCGGGAGGAGGAAGGGGAAGGCGUCGGAGCACAAGGACCAGCUGUCGCGGCUCAAGGACAAGGAUCCCGAGUUUUAUAAGUACUUGGAGGAGAACGACCGCGCGCUGCUCAAUUUCGACGCUUCGGACAGCUCGGAGGAGGAGGAGGACGGAGGGGUGCACGUGCCCCCCGACACGCUGGAGGAAGCAAGCGAUGAUGAAGAAGAAGAAGAUGAAGAAGAAGAAGAAGAAGAACGCACGGCAGUUAAAAAGAAGAAAGUUGAUUUCAUCCCUGUGAGCAUGAAAAUGGUUGAAAGUUGGAAAAAGGCUGCUGAAAGGCGAUUAACACCAAAACUCUUCCAUGAAAUCACUCAAGCCUUUAAAGCGGCUGUAGCAACCACCAAAGGUGAUGACGGUGGGGCUGAUCCCAGCAAAUUCCAAGUUACUGAUGCUGCAGUGUUCAAUGCCUUGGUGUCGUUCUGCAUCCGGGACCUAUUCAGCUGCCUGCAGCAACUUCUCCUGUUUAAAACCCCAAAAAGCAAACUAAAAAUGGUCCUCCCUUCUACCAGCCCACUUUGGAGCAAGCUGCGACUGGAUAUAAAAGUAUACCUGAGCUGCACCAUCCAACUGCUGUCUUGUUUAACAGAAGCCUCUGUCGGAGCAGCCGUCCUUCAGCACGUUAACUCCAUCGUUCCUUACUACUUGUCCUUUCCAAAGCAGUGCCGUAUGCUUCUCAAGCAAACAAUUCAUCUGUGGAGCACAGGUGAGGAAACAGUAAGAGUAUUGGCCUUCCUAGUGCUGAACAAGCUCUGCCGCCACAAGAAGGACAUGUACCUAAGUCCUUUGCUCAAGCAAAUGUACAUUGCGUUUGUGAAGAAUUCCAGAUUCACAUCCCCCAAUGUCCUGCCCAUGAUCAACUUCAUGCAGCGCACACUGACAGAGCUGUAUGCCCUGGAUACACAUGCCUCCUACCAGCACGCCUUCAUCUACAUCCGUCAGCUUGCCAUCCACCUGCGGAGUGCCAUGACCAUAAAGAAGAAGGAGAAUUUCCAAUCUGUUUAUAAUUGGCAGUAUAUCCACUGCCUGUAUUUCUGGUGUCGAGUUCUCAGCACAAUCUAUCCCAGUGAAGUCAUGGAGCCCUUAAUUUAUCCUUUGACACAGGUCAUCAUUGGCUGUAUAAAGCUGGUGCCCACGCCUCGUUUCUACCCGCUGCGCAUGCACUGCAUCCGAGCGCUUACGCUGCUGUCCGAAAACACCCGCACCUUCGUGCCCGUCCUGCCGUUCAUCCUGGAGAUUUUCCAGCAAGUGGAUUUCAACAAGAAGCCCGGCCGUAUGAGCGCUAAACCUAUAAACUUUGCGGUGAUUUUGAAGCUCUCUAAUGCCAACCUGCAGGAGAAAGCCUUCCGAGAUGGACUCAUUGAGCAGCUGUACGACCUGAUCCUUGAGUAUGUCCAUUGCCAGGCCUACAGCAUUGGAUUCCCAGAGCUGGUUCUCCCCACUAUCAUUCAGCUAAAAUCUUUCCUGAAGGAAUGCAAGAUUGCCAACUACUGCAAGCCCAUGCGGCAGCUCCUGGAGAAGCUACAGGAAAACUCUGCCUACAUCUCCAGCAAGCGCCAGAAAGCGCCGUUUGGCGUGGCCCGCAGGGAGGCUGUGGAGCAAUGGGAGAAGCAGGUCAAAGAAGAGGGGACACCUCUGACCAAGUAUUACACUCAGUGGAAGAAGCUAAGGGAGAAGGAAAUACAGCUGGAAAUCAGUGGCAAAGAAAGACUGGAAGACUUGAACUUCCCAGAAAUUAAACGUAAGAAGCACGAUGAAAAGAAGGAGGAAGAUAAGAAGGAAUUCAAGGAGCUCUUUGAGCUGGAGAGCGACUCUGAAGAGGAAAGUGUUGGAUUCCCUGUGAAAGGUAAAGCCAAGGCCACGAAGGCGGCAGGAGCGAAGGCGAGUCCAGCUGACAGCAGCGCUGAAGAGAGCAGCGAGGAGGAGGAAGACGACGAGGAGGAGGGAGAGUACGAAGUUGAGGAGGAGGACGACGACGAAUGGGAAGACAGCGACUCAGAGGGGGAGGCCGCGCGGGGUCCCCGGGGCCCGCGGGCGCAGAGGGUGUCGCGAGCCGACCUCGAGCAGCUGGCGCAAGGAGAGGAGGACGUGGUGGAGGACUUGGCGCUCUCUGAUGAAGACUGAGAGCCUUCGCAGCCGCCCCGCUAAGCAGAGCCCUGAUGGAAUUGCUGCCCUCUGGAGUACCUGUUGUGUGGUGUGUUUUUUUU